UACCGUAAAAAAUAAGUUAACAACAUACUCCGUCAGAGUCGCAUAUUUACUUCAGUAUUUAUCAGGUACAAAUACGUGGGAAAACGAACACUGAGGUCGCCGGUCAUCAGAAGCGGGUGUUAAAUCUUGAUCAUUUCAAAUGGUGUGUUUAACCCUGUAGAAGUUCUUCCAUCGAUUGUUCAACGAGAUCUCUUAAAAUGGGUACCGUUGAAUACGACUUGAACACAGGUGGAGGACUAAUGCCACAAAUCCAGGCUCUCAUAGCACCCCCUGUCUCAGAGGAGUCAAAAACAACAAAAAACAAGAAAGACAAAGAUGAUAAAAGCCAUCCGUAUUUCAAACGACCAGGACGUGGUCACAAUCGAGAUUCUUGUGAUGCCUGUCAUGAUGGAGGAGAGCUGAUUUGUUGUGAUAAAUGUCCAGCCUCGUUCCACCUGCAGUGUCACGAUCCACCAUUGGAUGCAAGAGACAUACCAAAUGGAGAAUGGAUGUGUCACGCAUGCCAGUGUGCCAAUACAAAUAAAAAAGAUACUGAGACAAAUAAAAGAAAAAAGAGAAAAUCAGCCCUGGAAACGCUGGCAAUAGCAGCUUCGCUUCUGAAUCCUAGAGAAUUUGAGCUCCCACGUGAAUUACAAAUGCCUAUCACUUUUCCAGGAACUGAUAAAAUAAACCAAUCUACUGGUAAAAAAGGAAGGCAGCAAAACUCUUGUACCAAUAAUGGCAAGAGUCAUUGCCUGGACAGUGGAUUGAUGGUUCCACUACCUGCUCGGUUAUGCUUUGAAUGCGGUCGGAGUUGUCGGAAGGCUCCAUUGAUAGUCUGCGACUAUUGUCCACUCUAUUUUCAUCAGGAUUGCCUGGAUCCUCCUCUUACUGCUUUCCCAAAAGGUCGAUGGAUGUGCCCCAAUCAUCCCAACCAUUUUUUAGACCAGAAUCUGUUGCCAUCUUGUGGUGCAACGGAUCGCCUUAAACUAUGGGACAAGUAUGCAUCUCGUCGUCUCGAUCAGCAAGCUGUAAAAUUAGAAUUUCUGCGGAAAGCUCGAGCUGCAAACCCACCGUUUCGGGUAAAAGUCAAGCUUCAUUCCAAGUCUAGAGUCCAAGUACCAACUGCGGUUAAAUAUCAUUAUGCCAAUCCACCUGAAAUGGAGCCAAACCAUUUGUAUCAAAUGAAUAAUGUAAUUCAACCGACUAUACACACGACAGAGACACAUCAACCUGAUAAGUCAAAUAAUGAAAAAGUUACGAAUGGUAAUUUUUCAAUUGAUAGUGACUGUGAUAUGGACAGUAAAGAGGACAAGCCCAGAGCCAAGCAAAAAAAUUUAGAUGAAGCAAAUAGUGUAGAGAGUUCGAUGAGAUAUUAUGAAAAUGUAAGCCAAUACUCUACCAGGGAAGGAAUACAGUUGUUAGAAAGGCCUGUUCUAGAAACCUUAGCCCAACAAAGAUUAGAACAAAUACUCAACCCGAUGGGAGAAGAUUACGCGUCUGUACGCUGUCAAUCAAAGGCAAGGGCUGUGAUGUUCCCACUUAGUCAAAAACCAGGGCCGCCUACUUUCAUGACGCGCAGAACACUUACCAUUGGAAAUGGAGCUGACUGUGAUUUACUGUUAGCGAAGUAUGGGAACUGCUGUUGCACUUCGUCCAAACAUGCCAUCAUCUUUUAUGACGAGACUACUAAUCGUUACGAACUGUUGAACUACAGCGAACACGGAACGGUUGUAGAUAACAUCUUAUAUUCUUGUGAUUAUGCCCAUUCUUCAACUAUGGAAAUUAGAGAUGAAGAAAAAGGCAAAGGCAACGCAAAAAAAGAUCAAGAAACUACGGAUGCUAUAAAAUCUAUUGCAAAUAAAAAUAAAGAGCUAUCACCAGAUUAUGAUGGAAUGAAAAUUUCAUGUAGCUGCCAACCUCUAAGCCAUAUAAGUAAUAAUUACAGUAACGGCUAUUUAGAAAAAGGAUGGGAAGGCAGCGCUUUGGUGGCUCAUGGUUCUAUCUUGAGGUUUGGUUGCCUGGUAUUUCUGUUUAGUACCGUUGAUCACGUCUUAAUAACACGAUGAAUGGAUGUAAUACAUCUUUGACAAAAAUGUAAAUGUGAUAUGUAAAAUAGAGAAUCUUGUAUAAAACAAAGAAUUUUAUAAAUCUGUUUCCGAAUGAUUAUCAAUCUCCUCUCGCCCCACCCCACGCAUUUUGGCCUCGCAAAAAAAAAAAUUUUAAUCAUAAAUGCGCGGAAAAACCA